CCGCGGACCUUGACGCACAGCAGCCCGGAGAGCGAGAGUAGCUGUGUUCUCUUAUCGUGCGGCAUCGGGGUAGGAGGAUGCAAAGUUAUGGAGGUUUUCGGUCAUAGUAUAUUAUUUGCUUAGCACGGGAUUUGAACUCACCGAAGGUUUAGGACAUCGCAGCGUUGGAAUAGUCUGUGUGAUUUUUGUUUUUAAAGUACGCAUCAUCUACCAGCGAAAAUGUCUGCGUGUGGGGUUUGGAUUAACGCAACCUGGAUUUUACUUUUUGCCAUUUUUGACAUGACCCUUUCAAAUUACUCCGAAGACCAGUGCAGCUGGAAAGGCAGUGGUUUGUCUCAGCAGCAGGGCAGCGUGGAGCAGAUCUCCCUCCACUGCUCUGAGGGCACGCUGGACUGGCUGUAUCCCAAAGGAGCCCUGCGCCUCACCCUGUCGCCUCGCCUGCCCUCCGUGGCGGUGGGCCCCGGCGGCAGCAGCUCGGGCCUCAUCACGGCCUGCGUCAAGCCGUCGGAGGAGUUCCACGGAGCCCAGCUGUACCUGGAGAGGGACGGGGUCCUCGAGCUCCUGGUGGGGGACCGGCUGGAGACCUCCCCACCUCCCAGGGUGCGCUGCUUCAGCCGGCUGCCUGGGGAGAGGGUGGCCCUCUUCCUGCAGGCUACGCCUCACCAGGACAUCAGCAGGAGGAUCGCCUCCUUUCGCUACGAGCUGAGGGGGGACUGGACGGCUCGACUGUCGCUGGACUCCAACCCCAUUAGCAGUGAAGAUGCCUGCAGACCAUGCAACAACACAGAGAUUCUGAUGGCUGUUUGCACCAGUGACUUUGUGGUGCGCGGCAACAUCCGCUCGGUGGAGGAAGAUGAGAACCUGCGGGCGGCAGUGAUCAAGGUCAGCGCCACCCGCGUGUUUCGCCAGAAGUACGCCCUGUUCACCGGCAACAGUCGUCUGAGCAGCCGGGGCGAGAUCAGGACUCUGCUCCAGUGCGGCGUCAAACCAGGACCUGGGAGCUUCCUCUUCACCGGCCGAGUUCACUUCGGCGAGGCCUGGCUGGGCUGCGCUCCCCGCUACAAGGACUUCCAGCGAGCGUACACUAUAGCCAAAGCAGCCCAGCAGAUACCUUGUGAGCUGCCCGUGGACUGAAACAAAAACUCUGCAGCAGCUCGUCCACCAAGCAGAAUUGAAGCUGUACUGAAAGCCCGGCCAAGCUCAGCCUCGCUCCGGGAAGAAGACACGGUGUGCAAAUGUUGGCCAGCGUCGCCACAGAACCGCAGACGGAUGUCAUCGUCAUCUUUCCCGGGGGACUGAGGAGUUGAAAUGGACUUUUUCCAACACCAUUUCAGUGCAAUAUGCAGUCAGCUGGUCCUAAAGACCUGGCUGAGUCAUUACUUGAGGGAAAUGGUUGGACAGAAUCACAAACAGUGAUGCCACAAAGCUGGUCAGAGUAAAACUGAAAAGCUUUCCAUUCGGGGUACAAUAGGCGAAGCCAUUAAUUGAGUCAAACUGAGAGUCAUUACUUUGAAACUCAGGAAAAUUCAUGAAAAGUUCUGUAUGAAACACUUUAGGGAAGGUGUUGAAGAGCUCUUCCCAACAGAUUAUUUGUUCAGAUAAUGAUUAGCAAGAGAUGCUUAGCUGGCUUCCUGUUUACUGGGGUCGUCUUCAGUGUUACCAUUAACAAGGAGAUUAUUAUGAAGUCCUCAAUAAUGGAAAUGGAAAAUAAAUAAAUAAAUAAAAAAUUGCACUGAUAAAGGAAAGGGAAUGAUCUGGAAAGUGACGCUGCAAGCACUAAAAACCAAAUAAAAAGCAACUAUAUGUAGCAUAGUGGAGCAAUUUUAAUAUAUGUACAGAUAAUGUGAGCGUGUACAGUUACUCAAGUUUCACAGUUCAGUGUAGUGCUUAAAGCACUUUGAUAUUCCAGCCAGUUUGAGAUUUUACUUUAAAGAAAGAAGUGCUGCUCUGAAUGAGAGAUUUUUUUUUUAUUAAACAAGAUAUAAUGUUUAAUUUGAGUAGCACAUCACAACUAAUUGGACUUUAAUUGACUUAUUUAAAAAUGGAUUCAGUUGCGAGAGUCUUGCCAAAGCAGUUUGAAAUCUGGUUAUUUUCUGCUCUGUUUAUAAUCAGCUGUGUUCCUAUAAUUAAAGACAACAGCCAUCCAUAACUCAAGUCCAGUAAAGCAAAUGUACAGGGAAGAAAGACUCAACUGGACGAGGCUAGCUCACUAGAAAAUACAAAAUAUGCAUCUAAUGUGUAAACUUCUGUUCUGUAAAGUGAUGUAAUGUGCACUAUAGCGACACGGAGAAGGGGGUCAUACCAAAUUACCACAUUGUGCUGAUGUCUUAAAUGCAUACACUGCCAUUUAUGUUGUGUCUGAUGUGAAUAUAUGUUAAUAUCAAUGUGAAUGUAAAUAUGUCGAUAAGAAAUUCUAGGAACAAAGGAUUGAAAGAAACUACCUUGUCUCAGUAUUGUGGAUUAUUUCUAUGUUGGUCUGUGAUAUUAAAUAUUCUGUAAAGGAAAACAAAA